AUGUCGACGAAUGUUGGGCUGCAACCUUGCUGUAGCCAUGCUUUGCGUGCUCUUCACGAUAUGUUGCCUUGUGGUAACGGUUCUCUUGGAUCCGGCGGGGUCGUCAGCAUCAGCAGCUCGCGAUCCUGCAGCAACUUUUUCCACGUCAUCUCCGCUGUCAGUAGCUCCGCCUCCCUCGCCAUCUAUGGACCCAUGGAGGCCGACUACAGCGACGACGUCGGCACCCGAAGAAAUUUCCUCCACAGCUGCUACGAGCGCGUGGAAGCCGCUUGCGCCGGGCAACCCUUGGCAGAGGUUUACACCAGAAUCAUCUGCUCUGGCCACUGGCGCAACGACUACUAUUCGGGUGGCGAUGAGGGACAGCGAGUCUGA